GCAAACUCAGACUGGACAGGAAAGACAAUAUGGAGAUACAAAGGGCCUGUGGAAGGACAAUAUUUCUUGAAUGAAAGAUGUAUUUGCUGCUUUUCCUUCACGUCCUGCUAUAUCAUUUGUCGGCGGCGCUCGACUCCUGCCCACUUUUAUGUGCCUGCGUUUAUGGGACCAGAGAAGAAGCAGACCUCAGGUCGGUGCAAUGCAGCGACUCGGGAAUCUCAGCCGUACCUCUGGAUAUCCCCGCUGACACGGUGAAACUUCGUCUGGAAAAGACCCUGAUUAGCAGGGUGCCCAGAGCGGCUUUCUUCAACCUGUCAGAGCUGCUUUUCUUGUGGCUCACCUACAACUCCAUCACCAGCAUCCACCCCAGCAGCUUUGUUAACCUGAGAGCCCUGAGAGAGCUGCGUCUGGAUGGCAAUCUCCUCAGCGCCUUCCCUUGGGAGGGCCUGAGGGACAUGCCUGGCCUUCAGACUCUGGGUCUUCACAAUAACCGAAUAGCCAGCCUUCCGUCUCACGCUGCCGUCUUCCUUCCCAAUAUCACCUACCUGGACCUAUCCAGUAACAGGCUGACGACGUUAUCGGCCCAAAUGUUGGACCUUUGGUUCCCGCUUCUGGGCCAACGAGGGAAAUCGGUGCCGAGACGGAUUUUGGGUCUCCAUGACAAUCCGUGGUUGUGCGACUGCCAGAUCUCCCUGAUGGCGUCAUUGUCAAUGUCCCCGGGGAGCCCCGUGGUUCUCAUGGACCAGCUGCUCACGUGCAGCGCAUCUCCGGGCGCUCCGUCCGGGAUCCCGCUGUCCAAAGCCCAGCUGCCCCGCUGUAGCAGACCCUCCGUCCGGCCCGCAGCCGCUCGAGUGGUAUCGCUGCUGGGAAGUCACGUGAUUCUCCGCUGCGACGCCACCGGCUACCCCACGCCGACUUUGACGUGGCUCAAAACUUCCAACUACGCCGGUUGCUGUCGACGGGACGUCGCAGAUGACAUCCGAGCAAUGCCCAGCAAUUUGAAAAGUUGUAAGAUGUAUUUGCCCUUCCACUUUCAUUUGUACAACCCAGCCAAAGCCGCGUACGUGGCUAUUGUCCCAAGCGCAAUUGCAUUUCCUUCCUACCACGUUGCUCUAAUUUCCAUCCCUUUGCUCAAAAAGCCGGCCGGCUUUGCUGUUCUAGCCAUGCAGGGAUCCCCUGGAGUCGGCGUGCGCUGGUCAAUCAUCAGCUUGGACGACUUGGCCCUCAAGGAUGCCGGCGAGUAUCGCUGCCGAGCUCGCAACGUGGCGGGAAUCUCGGAAGCGCCGGUUGAGCUGAAGGUGGUGGCAGCCGCGCAACUCUCCCGACUCCCGAGGAAGGAGUCCCGGAAGACUCCGCCCGAGCCCAAGUGGUCAUCCAACGGCAGAAAGUUCAAACCGAAUCAAAGUGCGUCUCUCCGGCCCAGGCUGAAAGACAAGCCGUUCCCCCGAGCAGCUACUCAAAAGAACCACACGCAGACAUUUGCCGUCAUUGUGUCCCAAUCGGUUCCCGUUUACCACAAAGGGCGCAAAGCAAUCUUCAAGAAAAUGAGCCCAAAAAAACCCCCGCGUCUAUCGGACCUGACAAUUCGACAUUCACUAUGUCAAAGCCAAAAGUACGACAAUUGCUCGUCACGGAGACUUUCAGUCUAGUUGAUCCUGCAGACAGAAGAAAGAAACACACUGCAAAUGUCAAAUCAUAGUAGGAAACGCAAUUGCCAUCUCGUUGUAUAUCUUGACAUGUGAAGACCUUGACAAUAAAGCAGACUUUGACUUUGAAAUCAGCUGGCAUCCGCCCGACCCCUAAGUGAGGAGGUGUGCGCACACAGGAAGGACAGACACUCUUUGUGCCAAAACAAAUAGUCGGGUCUCAGGAUGUCCAGCCUUCAAACAAGCAGAAGCAGGGGAAUGGUGUCCAAAUCUGCCGCUGGGUUCUGCGCUUCCACCCCGAAUCACGGUCCAAGCACCACCAC